UGCUUUUUGUUUUCGUGCUGAAUUGUUUACUAAAUAGAAGUAUUCUGCUUUGAUUGGUGAAUUUUUAUCCAUCUUCAGAAAUGCACAAAUCAAAACAGAGUAUUUUUACCCAGCAAACAUGAUUUUCGAAACAGAGCCCCCCCUACCAGCCCCGUGAAUAGCAGUAAACAAGUAUGGCGACGACAUUUACAAUAAAAUAAACAAUGGGAAAUAUUUAGCAUGAUAUGCUAUAAUUUAAUUAUGUGGCAUGAGUUCGUCUGCUGUUCUGGUGUCUCUGUGCGUUAUUCGCAUUGAAAUCUGUGAUUUAGAAUUAGAAGAAUCUACCAGUACAAUGGCUAUGAAAAUGAGAGGUUGCAGGGAACCAAAAGAUAUCAAUGUGGAAACGUAUACAAAUUCAGCAGAAAGUACAUCCCCAUUGUUAUUGAGCCAAGGCACAAGCAAAUCACAUUCAUCUUCAAGAGCUAAUUCUGAAGAAACUUCAUUUGCAAACUCUAACCAUGUUGCAAUUUCUAGUUCUGGAGAGGUAACUGGUGCUACUGCUUGUACAUCACCAGAUCAAAUUAAUUUCUUCUCAGGAAAUCCAUUUGUUGAAGUCACAAAAGGCAUCCUUCACCUCUUCAAGGAAGAUGAACUGACUGAAAUGCGCUGUGCUGCAGAUCGCAGUCAUACCAUCUGUAUGUUAUCAGUACCAGCAACAAUGACUUGCCAUGAUCUCUUAACUUUCACUGCAGCUUGUCAUCAAGACAUACAACAUUUUAGGAUACUCAGAAAUGGUAGCCCUAAUCAGUACAUGGCUUUAAUCACCUUUAGAUCAUCGAGUGCAGCCAGUGAAUUUUACGAAACCUUCAAUGGCGCUCCUUAUAACUCUCUGGAACCUGAUGUAGUUUGUCACAUGGUAUUUGUGUCUAAAGUCGAAGUAGGAGACAACGGGAUGCCUUUGAGUGGACAUACAGAAUUACCAUCAUGCCCUGUCUGCUUAGAAAGGAUGGACGAAAGUGUAGAUGGAAUCCUGACAAUAUUGUGCAACCAUACUUUCCAUUCUAGUUGUCUCGUGAAGUGGGGCGAUACAUCUUGUCCCAUCUGUCGAUACGCCCAGACACCAGAACCAUUAGCUGAUAGUCGUUGCAUGGAAUGUGUUGCAGAUGCCAGUAAUGACGCCUUAUGGAUCUGCUUAAUCUGCGGUCAUGUGGGCUGCUCGCGUUAUCAUCAGGGCCAUGCAUUUGAGCACUACCGAGACACACAUCACUGUUACGCGAUGCAACUCGGCAACAAUCGUGUCUGGGAUUAUGUCGGUGACAAUUUUGUGCACCGGCUGCUACAAGACAAGGAUGGCAAAAUGGUAGAAGGCGGUCGUACCGAGUCUAAAAGCGAAGGUGCUGCUGUAGAAGAGAAGGUUGACUCGGUGCAACUGGAGUUCACGUACUUAUUAACGUCGCAAUUGGAAACGCAACGUCAAUAUUUUGAAGAGAAGCUCAGCCGUUCGGAACAACGUUCCAAGACCGACAUCACCGAGUUGAGAGACAAGCUGGGGGAAGUGCUAGAAGAGAAUUUGCACUUUAAGAAGCAGUUUUCCGCACUCAAUCGCGACAAGCAGACACUGGAAAAACGUCUGCAACAGUCCACUAGUAAGUUAACACAAAUACAAGCGGAAUUAACUGAAGAGAAAGAGUUGAGGAAAGCCUUGCAAUUGAACCAGACUUCAUGGCAAACAAAAUACAAAACAUUGCAAGAUGAACUGUCCGAAUUAAAAACUACUAAAGAAACGGAAAUCGUUGAUCUCAAGGAACAAAUCCGGGAUCUCAUGUUUUUUCUCGACGCACAAAAUCAGAUUGAAAAAUCCGCCGACCGCGACGAAAUUGCUGCCGGUCGUAUUGUUGUUCCUCCAAGUCCUAGCAGUGGAAAAUCGUCAGGAUCUCGAGGCCGUAAGGGUCACAAAAAACAUUGAUGCUACUGAAAGUCAUUAAAUACUUGAAAUUUUUUUAAUUAUUCAAACUCGAAUUUUUAUUUAACACAAAGAAAAAAGAUUCACUUUCAAAUAUUUCUAUUGACUUCCAAAUAAAACUGUGGACACAAUGUUUUGAGUGAAGAUGUAAAUUAUAAGAACAAUUAUAAUAUCAAAAAACAUUAAAUGAUAAUUAUAUUGAAGAAUUUUUUUUCAGUGAUAAUUUUAAUACAAAGAAGAUAUUACUUAGCUAUCUGUACAGAAAUUUUAAAAAAUUGUUGUUUAUAUUUUAUCUGAUUUAUCUAUUGAUACAAAUGUAAGUUUAAGAUUAAAAAAUAAAAUAUUGCAAAUAUCGUCUUUAAUA